AUGGAUGAUGACAAAACGGAGUCGCCCAAGGUUGAGACGACAGAGGCAAACGGGCCUGAAACUACUGCGGAGGGGAAGACACCAAAAAAGGAGGGUGAUCAGGUUGGAGAAAUCGAAGAUACCAAACAAAUACCUGAAGAAACUCCUCCUUCUGAGAUCCAAUAUACUCUUGAAAGAGCUUCUGAAGAACUGUAUAAGUUUCUCUUUAAGUUACCUACAAAAAAUGAUGAUGAGAAUAACAAAGCCUCGCCGGAGAUCCCGGAGACUGUUAUUGUGGAAUUCUUGGAUCAUUUCGAGGAGCAACUUACCUGGCAUGAUUCGGCAAUUGAAGGGAAAGGGAAAGGUUCUCAUGUUCUUGAAGAUGAUACGUUGCUUCUGCAAGUUGUGGAUAGGGUUUCGAAGCUGGCGGCGUCCAUUGGUGAGCUGAAAUCGGACGCUGAUAAAAAACAAUGCGUUUUGACGAACCGAAUCGGUGCGAUUAAACAUAGUGUAAUGUGUCUCUUAGAGGAUGAAUUCAGAUCAAUUCUUGAAUACGUUCUUGAUCCAUCAUAUCCAAAAACUAAAACAAAAGAUGCCAAAGGAAAGCAAGAAGAACCAGAAUCUGCUGAAUCCGCUCCCGCUGAGGAUAAUGAUUCCACAAAUUAUUCAGGAUAUACACCAGAAAUGCUUUCUAGCUUGACUAAAAUCGCCGGCGAAAUGAUAUCGGGCGGCUAUGAAUCCGAAUGCGUCGAGAUUUUCAUGAUUUCAAGAAGAAUCGCGUUUGAAGAUAACUUGAAUCAUAUAGGUUUUCAGAAGUUCAGCAUCGAUGAUGCGCACAAGAUGAGUUGGGAAAACUUAGAGGGAGAAAUCACCACGUGGAUCUCCACCUUCUUGGAAUGUGCCACGGUGUACUUCCCCUGUGAGAAAAAGCUGGCUGAUGUCGUAUUCACGGACUACCCGAUGAUCUCGUCCAGCGUGUUCAGCAACUUUACACGCGGCGCGAUGCUUCAGUUUCUCUAUUUUGCUGAAGCUGUUGCAAUCACCAAACAGUCGUCGGAAAAAUUGUUUAAGAUUCUCGAUAUGUAUGAAGCUCUGCGGGAUAAAACGGCUGCGUUGGAGAAUCUGUAUCCGCGUGAAUGGUUGAACGAGAUCAAGACGGAGACGGCCACCGCUAGAACGAGGCUUGGAGAGGCCGCAAUUGGAGUUUUUUGUGAUCUCGAGAAUUCGAUAAAAUCCGAUACAGGGAAGACGCCGGUGCCCGGUGGCGCCGUUCACCCUUUGACUAGCUACACAAUGAAUUAUUUGAAGUAUGCGUGUGAGUAUAAAAACACCUUAGAGCAAAUUUUUAGGGAGCAUGGGAAGAUUGAGAGAUCCGAUUCGAGUAUAAGAACGGAUUUUGAAGCUAGCGAGGUAGAUCAGAAUUUAAGAAACAACAAUAAUAGUAACAGUAAUAGCAAUAAUAAUGAAGAAAACAAUCCGUCUCCGUUUUCGAAUCAACUGGUGAGAGUGAUGGAUAUGUUGGACGCCAAUCUGGAGGGGAGAUCAAAGUUAUAUAACAACGUACCAUUAAGCAGCAUUUUCAUGAUGAACAACGGACGAUACAUUUUGCAGAAGAUCAAAGGGUCAACGGAGAUGCAUGAGGCGAUGGGGAACACGUGGUGCCGCAAGAAGUCAUCCGAUUUAAGAAAUUAUCACAAGAUUUAUCAGAGGGAGACGUGGGGUAGGCUUUUAGGUUGUUUAAGGCUUGAAGGAUUGAUGAUAAAAGGGAAGGUGGCGAAGCCGGUGUUGAAAGAGAGGUUUAAGAACUUCAACGCAAUGUUUGAAGAAAUUCACCGGAUUCAGACCUCGUGGGUGGUCAAAGACGAACAGCUUCAGUCGGAGCUUAGGGUUUCGAUAUCGGCACUCGUUAUUCCUGCUUACAGAUCAUUUGUAGGAAGGUUUUCACAGUACCUGGAUCCAGGAAGGCAAACGGAGAAAUAUAUCAAGUUUCAACCAGAAGACAUAGAGAAUUAUAUUGACGAGUUAUUUGAUGGUGGUAAGAAGAAACCAUAAUUUCACUAUGUAUGGAAGAUAAAACAAAACCACGAGCCCCAGAAAUGAUGACGGAGAAGAAGAAAAAUUAAUUAAG